AUGUUUGACCCGGCCGCGAUGCAGCAGAUGCUGGGCAUGCUCGGCGGAGGCGGAAUGGGCGCGUUCGGCGGUGGUGUGCCGCCCGCGUCCCCGGUGGACACGCGGCCGCCCGAGGAACGGUUCCAGGUGCAGCUGCAGCAACUGCAGGACAUGGGCUUCACGAAUGCGCAGCAGAACGUCCGUGCGCUGCUUGCGACAGGCGGGAACGUCCAUUCUGCCAUUGAGUAUAUCCUCGGUGGCGGGGGUCUGUAG